UAAAGACCACUCGGCUGUCCCGUUCAGAGACGCUGGCACUUUCGUGGUAAGACGUCGUCGUUUCGCCCAUCCGACGACGCAUUCUCCUAUUUUUCCCUCAUUCUCAUUAUUUAUCCAUCCACCCAAGUCAUGUCUUUAUAGAUCAUUGUGAAAUAUUAUCAUUUAAUAUUCAAUAUUUGCUGAGAGCUUGAUUUUUUGCUCAAUUCUUUCCUAUUUCCCCAUUGAAUUUUAUUCCAGGUGAUGGCAGACCUUAUUAAUUCAACGUCGAUAUUUUUCACUAGUGCAUAUGAUUAUUACCUCUGGACACUGUCAUUAGCAGAUGACAGAACCAGAGGAUGGCUAUUGGUAGAUUCGCCGACGCCUACUCUACUCUACACCAUGAUAUAUUUAUUCAUAGUGUGGGUAGGACCAAAAGUCAUGAGAAAUAGAAAAGCAUUCAAAUUAACUUGGCUUCUGGUACCGUACAAUUUUGCAAUGGCGCUCCUCAACGGAUACAUUGCGGUCCAGUUAUUCAUAGCAUCGACUAAAUUGAGGUAUAGUUACGUAUGCCAGCCGAUAAGGAAUACGUGGCGGACGGAAGAGCUGCAGAUUGCGAAUGCUGUUUGGUGGUACUACUUCAGCAAACUCCUAGAGUUCUGCGAUACUUUCUUCUUCAUAUUGAGAAAAAAGGACAAUCAACUGAGCUUCCUACACGUGUAUCAUCAUUCUACCAUGUUUUCAUUGUGGUGGAUUGGAAUAAAAUGGGUUCCCAGUGGUUCAACCUUCUUGCCGGCCAUGGUCAACAGUUUUAUCCACGUGCUCAUGUACUCGUAUUAUGGUCUCGCUGCGUUUGGGCCAUCGGUUGCCAAGUAUCUCUGGUGGAAGAAAUACUUGACUAUUCUUCAGCUCAUUCAAUUCACAAGUGCUCUCAUUCUUGGCAUCAAUGGCAUUAAGAAUGGAUGUGAUUUUCCCCUGUGGAUGCAGUAUGCACUGGUCAUUUAUAUGGUGUCUUUCAUCGUCCUAUUUGGCAAUUUCUAUGCCAAGGCCUAUAUUGCCAAGGGUAAGCAGGCAUACGCAAAUCGACAAAAUGCAGCGCUGAAGAAAAAAAAAUUGGCUGACGAGGAGGUAACGACGAGUAAAAUCAAUGGACGGCACAACGGUGUAUCGAAUGGCAUUACUUCGAAGAAGAUUCAGUGAAGAAAUAACGUAACGUCAUUCUACUACUUUAUUCAUUUGUCAUCAAAAAAGCCUCAAAGAGUCAAGUGGCUCAGGGAGCCCGUAGAGACGACACCUUUUCUUUAUGCUUGUAUUUCCUUUUCGUCUGUUAACCAUGAGGAACCACCACACGCAAGUCAUUCUCGCUCUCAAUGACUCGACAUUCCUGAGCCCAUGGACCUCGCAAACCUCCAAUCAUUUCUUUUUUCCAUAUAUCAUUGUUUUUUUUUUCUAUCUUCACUCUAAUUUUUUUGUCACCCUGAAGUGAGAAAUAGGAUAAUAGGUUGCAAAAAUUUGUGUAUAUAUUAUGUAGGUAGUUUAUCCGGGACAGGGGCAUGCACGGAAAUUAAACAAAUGGGAAGUCAAUUAUUUCUCGCCUCAUGGUGAUAUUUUUCUUGUUUUUAUGGACGAAAAAAAAAGAGAAGGAUAUUAAUUUAAGUGUCGCUCGGCGCGUGACCGAUUGAGUGAGUGGUUGAAAUAUAAUUUAUUGUCUUAGAUUAAUGCUGAUUUGCGCAGAAAAAAUAUUCCAAUGCAUGGGAAAUGGAAAUUCCACACAAAGACGUGGCCAGCGUUGAAUGUGAUUGCAUUUAUAAUUGAUACUUCAAAGGGCUAUUUAUCUCGUUAUUGUUUUUUCGUAUCCAAAAUCAGGUUUUAAGGCGUUUGAGAACAAUUUAUGCUUGUCUCACUGCCAUAAUCGAAUUUGCGGAAAUCUCCGAUUCAAUAGUAAAAAAGAAUUUUUAUCAAUAAUUAGGGGAAAAAGCCACCAAUAUCUAAGUGAUUCAUUAGGAAAAGACGAAUUAAUUUCAACAAGUUGGAGUUUUUUCCAAUUUUUCUACAGAACAAAUGAUUGAAUUAAAUCUAAAA